UGAAACUUUGGCUUAUUGGCUGUUCAAACUUUUCUCACUACCCAGACCAAAAAAAAAAAACCUUCUCUCACUACCUACUGGCUCUCAUUGUAAUCAAUUAGCAGUAAUCACGUCCUUUUCCACUGUCAGUGAAGACUGAAGAGUGUGGUGGUUGUUCAUAUCGUUUUGUUUCUUCAUUCCAAUGGCUGAAGAAAAGGACGCCUUCUAUGUUGUGAAGAAAGGGGGUGUUGUUGGCAUCUACAAGUCUCUCAAGGACAUUCAACCUCUCAUUGCAUCUUCUUCGGUGUCUGAUGAUCCUGUAAGCAUUUUGAAAGGGUAUUGUUUAACUAAGAAAGCUGAAGAGUUCCUUGUAUCAAAUGGGCUUAAGGGAGCCCCUUAUUCUAUAAGUGCUACUAAUUUGAAUGAAGAGCUUUUUGGAAGACUUGUUGCUUGUCCUUAUCAGGAUCCAUGUGCAUCUGGAGGAAGGUCUCUAGGUGUGAGUUCCUCAUCGAAGUUAUUGCAAGGAGCCUUUCAAUCUGAUACUAGUAAAUUUUCUGGGUCAUCUUUACAUUCAACAAAUUCUCAGAGGCAAGUUCCAUUAGGUGGGUCAUCUUUCGGUUUAACAAGUUCUCAGAGGCAACUUACACCAGAGGUAUCUCCUUUAGUUUCAACAAAUUCUCAGAGGCAACUCGCACUGGGUGGAUCCCAAGCUCAGUUGUCUAAUUCUCUUUCUUGCACCCUUGAGUUCGAUGGUGCUUCUAAAGGAAAUCCUGGACCAGCUGGUGCAGGAGCUAUACUUCGUGCUGCAGAUGGGAGCAAGGUCUAUCGAAUACGUGAAGGAGUAGGUACUCAGACGAAUAAUGUUGCUGAAUAUCGAGCUUUACUUUUAGGAUUGAAACAGGCCCUUCAGAAAGGAUAUCGGCACAUUCAAAUCCGAGGAGAUUCCUUACUUGUCUGCAAGCAGGUAAACGGUGAGUGGAAACAAAAAAAUCAGAAUAUGGCUAUGUUAUGUGCUCAGGUCAACCAGCUGAAGGCGAACUUUCUGUCAUUCCAAAUCAACCAUGUUCUUAGGGAGAAAAACUCUGAAGCUGAUGCUCAAGCAAACCUGGCCAUAAAUCUCAGAGCUGGUCAAGUUGAAGAAGAUUGUGAAGAUCUCAGACGUUAAUGAAAAUUUAGUUGGAAGUUGUAGCUAAGGAAACACAUAAAAUCCAGAAACUUAUAAGUAUAUAUUUAUGUUAAAUAUGUUAUGUGGAAUUUCUUGGUAGUUGUGGCAUAUUAAGCAUACCAAGAAACCUUACAUGGGACAAAAUGUGAUCAUGAACAUGCUAACAUAUAUUUAUAGUAAUAUAGAUUGCCACUGUUUAGUUUUGGGACUUAGGUUCCAUUGUAAGGUUUGAAUAACAUUUGACUUAUUUAAUGCAAUUUGCGUGUUUAUCAAUUUGUG